AUGUCAGUAAACAAUGCAAGUGACAUUCUUCAUAUAUUACCAAUGCCGGUACUCAAUAUAUUUCUAUCGGCCUCUUCAAUCAACGGUACAUCCAACCAAUAUUUAUGUAAUCUUUUGUCUGCACAAUCUGACGACAUUGUAAAGUCGGUACUGGGAAACGACUCAGCCUAUAAUCCAAAUCUAAAUUCUGGAAACCAACAACAUCAACAUCAACAACAACAACAACAACAACAUCAUUGCGAACCUUCAGAUUCAACAGAAACCUCACCAUCCUCUUUUAUAUAUAAUGACGCACACCUUCAAUCUUCCAUAUCACCACUAUCAUCUCCAACCACUACCAGCUCACCUUAUCAUAUUUCAGCGACCGUUCAAGCAAUGGUAUCUUCAGAGUUGUUACCAAACCCUGCUUCUUCUUCUUCACAAUCCACUAAUAAUAAUAAUAAUGAAAAUAAUAAUAGUACUAACAAUAAUAAUAAUAACGGCGUCAACAACAACAACAACAAUACAAUUAGAAGCAGGCUUGAAUUAAUUCAAUUAGAUUUUGAUAGAAAAUCACAAAUAGAUAUGGAGAUUAAAAAUCAACGAUUGUUUCAACAACAACAACAACAGCUACAUCAACGUCACCAAAGAAUGAAUUUAUCAUCAUCUACGUCGUCUCUCUCAUCGACCGAGGACGACGAUACAGAUGACGACGAUUGCAGUGUCAGCAGUAGUAGCAGCAGUACUACCGGCGGCGGCAUUGGUAGUAGUAAUGGUGGUCGCCACCAAUCGUACAAUAGCUAUCGUCGUCGUAGUAGCCAUGACAUUUAUGGCGAAGAGGAAGAUAUGGAAGACGAUGAUGACGACAGUCAUUUAGAAUCCAUCUACCAAUGUAUUUUUGAAUCCUACACCCAACAAAGAAUAAUAUCACAACCAGUACUCCUUAAUAACCUAUCGAGCCAACACCAAUACUCUGCGACACUUGUCGUUCGACCACUAUCCGAUGGAUGUUGUUGUUUCUUUCAAGAGAUAUCGCAACCAAGAACACCAUCUGGAUUAACCAUUUUCAAUAACCAACUUCGAAUGCUCACCUCUAUUCCCGAGGACAUCCAACCAACACCCUAUCAAGGUGGUUUUGCAAAGUUGUUUGAACACUUUGACAACCUCUCGGCCAUGUUUCAAUCGUCACCAGUCAUUGUUUGGCGUACCAAUUCCAAGGGAGAGAUGGUCUAUUUCAAAAAAAUGGAUGACAAUCGUUGCCAGGGUCGUUCUCUAGAAGAGUUUCUUCUCUGGGUGCACCCCAGCAACCGCUCCGAACUCACCGAUAAAUUCAAAACCAUCCAAAUCGAGGGUGCGUCAUCGUUAGAGUCACCGGCCAACAUCCAACAGGCAUUCUAUUUUAUGACGGGGAUGGAUUCCCGUGACUAUCUCUUGUAUGUGCUUCGUGGCUACAAGGUACAGUCUAAUGAACAGGUUGGAUGGGUGGGUGUGUCAUUCUCGUUUGUCAUGAACGAAGGUGCCAUUGUUUCUGUGCGUGAAGAGGUCUCUCUUGAAUCAAUGUUUCAACGUUUCAAGUCGGUCUGUGAAAUGCCACGUGGCGAGCGACUCAAGCUUGGCAUUGAAGACGACUUUUUAUCGGGCGAAUCCUUUUCCAAUUUGCUCAAGGAAAAGAAACUGCUCAUGACCGAGGACGAGAAAAAGACGUUCCAGCGUUGUCGUGACACCUACAAUAUAUUGUUCAAGCUUUCGCUCCUUGGUGUUAUGUUUUCAACGCUCAAGGGUACUAUUAUCGAUGCCAACGAUGCUUUUCUCUCCACCUUUGGUUAUAGUCGUAGCGAUCUAGAGAAUGGACACGUCGAUUGGAUGAUGAUGACCCCACCCGAAUACUAUGAAAUCAGCGCUAGAGCUCUCCAGGAACUAAAGAGCAAGAGAUGGUGUCAACCAAUUGAAAAGGCAUACUUUCAUCGAAGUGGUGCCAAAGUACCUGUACUCAUCUCUGCUGCCAUGGUCGAUGGUACAGACGAACAGUGCAUCACUUUUGUCUUUGAUCUCUCCCGGUAUCGUCAGGCCGAAGAGUCUGCCAUCCAAGCCAACAAACUCAAGUCACAAUUUAUUGCCAACAUUUCGCAUGAACUUCGUACACCGUGUCAUGGUAUCCUCGGUAUGACACAAAUCAUUUUGGACAGCAAGGAAUUGACACCAUCACAGCGAGACAAUGCCGAAACUAUCAAAAAGUCGACAGACAAUCUUGUUUCAUUGAUUGACGAUAUUUUGGAUUUCAGCAAGAUCGAAUCGGGCAAGAUGACACUUGAUUUUUCAUCUUUUGAAUUGGUUUCAAUGGUUGAACAAGUGCUUCAUGAACACUCUAAGCUAUCCAAUGCCAAGGCUAUCGAUCUCGUCUUUAUCAUGGGUCGUGAAUAUCCAGUGCCACCAGUACUCUUUGGCGAUCGUAAACGUAUCAAACAAAUCCUCAGCAAUCUCGUUAGUAAUGCCGUCAAGUUUACCGAAGCCGGUCAUGUUUUGAUUGAAAUCUCUACCGAAUACGAGUCGGGUGAUCAAAUCUCACUCAAAUUCUCGGUACAAGACACUGGUAUUGGUAUUCCACACGAAAAUGCCAGUCAACUCUUUGUACCAUUCAUUCAACUUGAUGGUUCUAGUUCUCGUAAGCAUGGAGGCAGUGGCCUUGGUCUUUCAAUCGUUAAAGAGUUGGUCGAUCUCAUGGGUGGUACCCUUUCCUUUGAAAGUAAAAAGGGUCAAGGUUCUACUUUUUGGUUUAGUCUAAAACUAUUGAUUGCUGCUCCAAAUUAUUUGCCAUCAAGUGUUCCACCUGCAAAUCAAUUCUUUUAUCCUGAAUUUAGACAAUUUAAUUCUGAAAUUACUAAAAAGGUAUUGGUAGUAGAACCAAAUCAAAAAUUACGUAUGUCAAUUCAUUCAAUAUUGACAGCUAUUAAAUAUGAAUCAAUGGAAUCUCUUAGAAUUGAAAAUGCAAUUGAUAUUUUCAGAAUGGCAAAGAAAAUGGACUCACCAUUUGAUAUAAUCAUGGUGAGUGAUACUUCUGGAUUUAUUAAAUCGCUAUUGGACUUGGUCACCAACGAAAAGGUGUAUAUAUAUGGACGUGAUUCGAAAUCUUCGUGGGCCAGUCAUCCAAAAGUAACUGCUUAUCUAAUGAAACCAUUAAGAUAUACUCAAGUUAUUAGUACCUUGUUAAGAGACUCUUCGUAUGUAGAAAAAGAUAGAUAA